AUGGCGUCAUCCUGGCACCUUACCGUUCUCGCCGUCUGCACUCUCGCGUUGCUCCUCGCGCCUGCUGCCGCGCGGCCCACCAAGGGGGAUUUCAUCGCCGAGGUGAAGAAGGCCCGAGACGCGCUCAAUGACCCGAAACUGAACGGCCGACACCGUGCCAGUGUCACGUUCCUCGACAACAUCAUCCCCCAGAUGGAGACCGACUGGAACCCAACGGACGAUUUCCUUGACAAAGCCGACCGCAAGACCGUCCUGCUGCCUGACGACGUGGCCAUCGCUUCCGCGGUGCCUGACGCGCUUUACUCCAUGAUGAAACCGAGCGUGAAACCCAGCGAGGUUCGCUCCUACAAGAGCUUGAUUCGCGCGAACAUUCUCGACGGACUCUACGAGGAGAGCGACAUCAAGUCCGCGAAAGAUCUGAAGGACGUGAACGGUCGCAAGGUGGAUAAGGCGAAGGUGAAGGUCAAGGGUGGGAAGCUUUUCCGGGGCAAGUAUUUUAUCCUUCAGGGGGUGGACUCAGUUCAGCCGUUACCAGUUUGA